AGCCCGGAUAAAUAGAGAGGUUUGCGUCAGGAAGGGCAUCCAGCGUAAAACAUUGCCAAAUUUAACCAUGCGAAUCGACAGUAUGAAUUUCAUACCGGAUCGGUCGAGGCCUGGGUUAACAACGACCGCCAUUGGCGCCGUUGACCUACAGGGCGCCGGUGGAAAUUGGGCUACUGUUGGUCGAAGAAGUAGAGGAUCGAGGAGAGUGCACAGACAGAGAGAGAAGAGGAAAGUCAAGGACGCUUUAUCUUUCUGGGACAUAAGAGGACAUACAAGGACAUAUCUUUCUUUUCUUUCUCGUGCCUCUAGUGAUUUCCGAAAGCAUGGAUAGCACAAAGAUGCUGGAUAUCCCUCAGCUUAGUAAUGAGAUGCAGCUGAAAAUUAUGCACAUGGUGAAGAGUGGAGAGCUGAGCAUCGACGACGCACUGGACCAGGCCAGAAGAGACAAACUACAGCUACUUCAGAGGAACUUCGAUUUAGAGGAAAAACAAGCCUCGCAGUACAACUUCAGUGUGCACAAAUUGAAUGCUUACAGAUGGCAAAAAAGGAUACUCCAGAUUGAUUUCAGCACAAAGAAGGUUUGCAAUAUUGAGAAAGGCAUUGUGAAGAGGCAGUUUCCUUUUCAGAACAUUAAAAACUGUCAUGAUGCUGCAGGGACCAGGUUUACAGUGUUGUUCAAGGACCACCAUGACUACGAGCUGGAGGCUAUGUCUAAACAGGACAAGCAAAAAAUCCUGGAACUGAUAAAUCAGAUUAUUUACAGGAAUACCCAACCUGUAGAUAUAUAUGCGAAGAUUGAAAAGCAACCAGUGUCCCCGAAAUGUCUUCGCGAGGGCCAGCUGCUUCUGCAGCGAGGAGGGCUGGCAUCAUUCAAAUGGAAGAAGUAUGAAGCACAUCUCUAUACAGGACACCUGACCCUGCUAUCGACAACGCAUUGUGAAUAUGAAGAUGAGGAUGAUGUACCCCCGGCGUCCUCCACCCUGCCAAUCAUCAUUCACUUCUCCGACGGCAAUGCCAGCGUAGAGAGCCACUGCACUAUUGACUCUAUGUUUAUGCUACUCACUAACAACAAUGAGUUCCACUUCCAGAUUCCAGCAAACGAACAGACGGAUACAAAGGUCAUUAGGAACGAACGGGAUGACUGGGUUAAAGCUAUUAACAGGUUAUGCAUGGACUGGAAACACAGCUCUCAGCACGUGUAUGAAGAACUCAGAGAAUCUGUCAAGACUGAAGGAGAAACUAAAGAGUGUCUGUCUGACCAUGAGAUAAAACCAGAGGCUGACAGAGUGCAGAACAAUCAUGGGGUUACUGAAUGUCCACCGCUGCCAAAACCCAAUAUAUUGGCUGAAAAUGUAUCUGCUCCAUUGCUGGAGCCAGUGCUCGAACUGUUGUGCUCUCCUGCUCUGGGGUCAGAGCAUCUACACAAGUUAAAGGAACCAGUGAAAUCUCCAGAGCCAGAGGCACAGCUUGCAACUGUGACAGCACCGGUGUCUUCUUUAGCCCUGAUUCCUGCUCCUCCUCCUCCAUUGCCACCUCCUUUGCACAUGAAAGGCAAUCUAAAAACACAGAAAAAGAGAACCAAAGCCUUUCACUGGGAUGUCUUAAUGCAAGACAAGAUUGCGAAGUCAUUGUGGACGCGGGGAAGUCCUCGAGAAAUUGAAAUCGACACAUCGCGUCUGUAUGAGCAAUUUGGAGUCAAAGACUCGGGGCAAAUUUCUACCGCAGAGUCCAGUAAGCAUGCUGAAAUCCUGCUGAAUGCGAAAGUCGCGCACAACUUCAAUAUUUUCCUCAAAAGUUUCCCAGUGCAGCCUAAAGAGCUCAAGGACAAAUUGUUCAUUGUUGAUGAGGGUGAAGGAGGCCUGUCUGACGAACACAUUGCUUCUCUCAGGAGGUAUAUGCCAACUCCGGAUGAUAUAGAGAUGUACACGUCCUAUAAAGGAGAUGUGAGUGAACUGCACUUGGUUGAUCAGUACAUGAUGGAGAGAGGUUCACGUGGCAUCUGGUUGAAACCAGAGGUGUGCAUUGGGACUAGGAUCCCGCAGAACUCAAUGUGUAACAUCCCAUACCUGAGCACUCGACUGGACCUUCUGUUAACUCUCAGAGAACUGCCCAUCACUAUUGAAGACCUGACACCGCUGAUUAAAAAGAAGAUUGACAUGUGUCGUCAGCUGUGGGGCUGCGAAACCUUCACGUACGUGCUUGAGUACCUGCUGACCAUCGGCAAUUACCUCAACCAGCAUGCAGGCAAAGAAAAGGCCAAGGGAUUCCGUCUCUCAUCCUUAACGAAGCUCUCGCAAGUACGUGGGAAUGAGAAGAAGUUCACCUUGCUGCAUGCCCUUGUUGAGCAGAUCAUGUUGCAUGAGCCCCGUUUGGCCACGUUUUUCCAGGAGUUGACGGAAUUUGAGACGGUCCCAGGGGCAUCAAUUAAAGGCCUAACAGCUGAAGUGGAUGUUGUGAAGAAUGAGCUACAGAAGGUCAUUCAGUACAGGAAAACAUACAAGUGGAAAAACUUAGGCGCCCAGCACUCCAAACUCUCGAAAGACUUAAAGAUGGCCAUCGAGAAGUAUGAGGUGGAGCUCAGCCAGCUGACGAAGAGGUGCACGGAGAUGAGGAAACUCUACGCUGACAUAUUGGUGAAAUUUGGAGAGCCCUUGGAUCAGGAUUCUCAAGAAGUGUUUGGCUGGGUUUGCCAGUUUAUCAACGACUUCAGAAAGGUCCAUGCAGAGUUCACAUGUUGAGACCUGCCACCACCGAAGUGUUUGCUGGUGUGUACGUGCAUGUGUGUGUGUGUGUGUGUGUGUGUGUGUGUGUGUGUGCUUUUGUAUAUUACUAAGAAGCCUGACCUGGCCUCUCAAGCAUAUCAGAGAAGGCGUGUCGAUCCAAAGACCAUUUGAAUGUCAGUCUAAACUGAAGAGCAAGGUUUUCGGUGAGCAGCCUAAUCCAGGGGUUUAAUGAAGGAUUUGCUGGAUCUAUUGCCGAUCCGGUGUUUACUUUGAUUAAAAGUCCUGGGCAGAUUUACUGGAAGCUGAAAGCAGCUUUCGCUCACUUCAGUCCAUAACAAAGAGCACUGCUGGAUGCACUGCUAGCUCAGGAGAAACUGCUCGCUUGGAAGCCGAUAUAGAUCGACUGUUACUUUUUUGGAGAGCUCUUUCAAUGGAAGUUACUGGGCUGGAGAUGACAAACGGGGGCUGCCAAGCUACCAGCAGCCACACAGCUGCCCAAGAAUGAGGGAGGGCAGAGCAAUGGUCAGAGCCAGCUGAACCCCGUACACACAUUUCUCUAGACACUCCAACAUGAAGACUUCACUGGACUGCUUUUGUUCCUCCUCUUCAUUUAAAUUAGCUUUGCAGAUAAGCCAUGCUUUAGAUUGAUUUUGCUCUGUGACUUGAGGGAGCAUGCGGCUCUAUGUGUCUUACAUUUUAAGCAGACAUCAACCGGCAGACAGAUGUGUCCUUGAUUUUAAAAAGCCAAAUAUUUUGGAAUAAUGGAAGUCUAGGCAGCUCAUUGCUCACAUGUGCCACAAAGCAGAGUUUCAACAAAAUCGAUUGCCAUGGAAAACUGAAGUGUUGCAGCAUACAUGUGAACGGGUCAGAGAUAAUAAAAAAGAUGUGUUUGGUAAUUUAAAGUGAGAAAGGAAACCCAGAAAAGUUUGAUUUUGACAAUGUGCACAGUACUAUGAAACAAUAAAACUGAACCGAUUAAAUUGAUAUAA